AUGGCCGCCUCCACCCUGUCCGUCCGCUCCAGCGGCAUGAGCUACGGCAGCCGCGUCUGCCUGCCCGGUUCCAGUGACUCUUGCACCGACGCCCCCUGGCAGGUGGACGACUGUCCAGAGAGCUGCUGUGAGCCCUCCUGCUGCGCCCCCAGCUGCUGCCCCUCCACCUGCUGCGCCCCCAGCUGCUGCCAGCCCUCCUGCUGUGUCCCCAGCUGCUGCGCACCAGCCUCCUGCCAGACCCUGGUCUGCACCCCAGUGGCCUGUGGGCCCAGCCCCUGCCAGUCAGCCUGCGCCAGCUCCUGCCUGCCCUCCUGCUGCCAGCCCUCCUGCUGCACCUCCUCCCCCUGCCAGCAGGCCUGCUGUGUGCCCGCUUGCUGCACGCCCAUCUGCUGCAGGCCCGUGUGCUGCACGCCCGUCUGCUGCAGGCCCGCGUGCUGUGUGCCCGUCUGCUCUGGGGCCGCCUCCUCGUGCUGCCAGCCCACCCCCUGCCCCUCGGCCUGCUGCAGGCCCUCCUCCUGCGUGUCCCUCAUCUGCCGCCCCGUGUGCAGACCCGCCUGCUGCGUGCCCGUCUCCUCCUGCUGUGGCCCCUCCUGCUGCCAGCCCAGCUGCUGCCGCCCGGCCUCCUGCGUGUCCCUCAUCUGCCGCCCCACCUGCUCCCGCCCGGCCUGCUGCGUCCCAGCCUCGGCCCAGACAUCCUGCUGCUGA